CUGGCCGCGGAACAAAUCUCUCUGGCAUUCUACCGCUACCUGAGAUGGCUGACAUGGCCCCUUGAUGCAGGGAGAAUGGACGUGUUGGGAGAGUAUCAUCAUCCCUAUGCUCUUUGCUUUUCCGGAGACUCAUUUAGGUUAUUGCCACAUCCACCUGUCUCACAAUGCCCUCACUCGACCGCGUUCACUAAUCUGAGCCGAACUGUUCCACCGACUAAGCCGGCAGGCAUAUAUCGCCUUUGCCAGGCGGCCGUCCUGCAUCGCCAGGUCUUUUAGAAACGGCUUUUCUCAUAACCUUUCCGGGAAACCGGCACUCGGCGCAAUCGUUCGGCUGUGAAGCAUACGAUCGGACGGUCGCAGCGCAACCGGGGACAGAGAUUACACUCAUUUCGCAACUCCACCAUAGCCCCAUCUCAUAAUAUGUAGCACCACAUCUGCCAACAACAGCCAAUUGGUCGGUUAGCUCAGUUGGUUAGAGCGUGGUACUAAUAUUUCACCUGAAAUGUUGUGUAAUGCCAAGGCCGGGAGUUCAAGCCUCCCACUGAUCAUAGCGUUUUGCUGUUGGUGAUGAUGAUGCGAUAGCAACCAAGGCUUUAUUUUUUAUUUUUAUUCUAUUUUAAUAAUAAAAAAACCCCCCGAGACUUCUUAG